ACCCUUUCACCUAUGACGUAGCAGCCAAAAUGGCCGCUUCAAACCCGCUAACAGAAAAGUCUUGAUUUUGAAGUAAUAAUAAAUAAUAACUUUAAGGUUAUUUUCUUAUAUUCAAAAGAAGGAUAUAUUUAUUUAAUGUUAUAGUCUGUCGCUUUUUUGACGUUUUCAGCUUUCUUUUAGUUAUCUACCUAGCAUGUAGCUAGCAUGCUAAAUAGCCGUUGCCCGGUAAACGGCUAACAAUCGUUGUCAAAGCCAAACUGGAUUCAUAUUUUAUCUUGCUAGAAACAUUUACGUUUAUUGUCAUGCAGCUCACGUUGUAUUCCAUUUUGUGGAAUUUUGCUUUUAAAAAAAACACUUUGGUUUGCCUUUGAAUGAUUCUUUAUAGUUGGCCUUUGUUAUAGAGACUCAACAUUGGUUGAUGAAGACGGGUUUGUGCUUUUGUUGAGAAAAGUAAAGGGAAAAUGACUUCCAUUAUCAAGCUGACAGCCGUGUCGGGGGUCCAGGAGGAGUCGGCUCUUUGCUACCUGCUGCAGGUGGAUGAAUUUCGCUUCCUCCUGGACUGUGGAUGGGACGAGAACUUCUCAAUGGACAUUAUUGAUGCCAUGAAGCGAUAUGUUCACCAGGUUGACGCAGUCCUGCUGUCGCACCCUGACCCCAUUCACCUGGGAGCCCUGCCCUACGCUGUGGGCAAACUGGGUCUGAACUGCACCAUCUACGCCACCAUUCCUGUCUACAAAAUGGGUCAGAUGUUCAUGUACGAUCUAUAUCAGUCAAGAAACAACAGUGAAGAUUUCACGCUCUUCACCCUGGAUGACGUGGACAGUGCUUUUGAUAAAAUCCAGCAGCUGAAAUACUCACAGAUUGUCAAUCUGAAAGGAAAGGGGCAUGGUCUGUCGAUCACUCCUCUCCCAGCCGGACACAUGAUCGGAGGCACCAUUUGGAAAAUUGUCAAGGACGGGGAGGAGGAAAUAGUUUAUGCAGUGGACUUCAAUCAUAAGAGAGAAAUCCACCUUAACGGCUGCACACUGGAGAGCAUUAGUCGACCGUCUUUGCUCAUUACAGAUUCCUUCAAUGCUGCUUAUGUGCAGCCACGCCGCAAACAAAGAGACGAGCAGCUGCUUACGAACGUAAUGGAGACCCUGCGUGGUAAUGGUAAUGUCCUUAUUGCCGUGGAUACGGCCGGCCGCGUGCUGGAGCUGGCGCAGCUCCUCGACCAGAUUUGGAGGACGAAGGACGCUGGGCUCGGCGUUUACCCACUAGCGCUGCUCAACAACGUCAGCUACAACGUGGUGGAGUUCUCCAAGUCCCAGGUGGAAUGGAUGAGUGACAAACUCAUGAGGUGUUUUGAGGACAAAAGGAACAAUCCGUUCCAGUUCCGACACUUGAACCUUUGCCACAGUCUGGCAGACCUGGCCCGGGUACCCAGUCCCAAGGUGGUGCUUUGCAGCCAACCGGACCUUGAGUCUGGCUUCUCCAGGGAGCUCUUCACCCAGUGGUGCCAAAAUGCUAAAAAUUCCAUCAUCCUUACCUACCGCACCACGCCUGGCACCCUGGCCCGCUAUCUCAUCGACAAUCCUGGAGAAAAGAUGCUGGAUUUGGAGGUCAGGAAACGAGUAAAACUGGAAGGGAAGGAGCUGGACGAGUAUCUUGAAAAGGAGAAAAUAAAGAAGGAAGCAGUUAAAAAAAUGGAACAAGCCAAAGAGGUGGAUGUGGAUUCGAGCGAUGAGAGCGACAUGGAAGACGAUCUGGAUCAGCCGGCUGCGGUGAAAACCAAGCAUCAUGACCUGAUGAUGAAGGGCGAGGGGAGCCGCAAAGGAAGCUUCUUCAAACAGGCCAAAAAGUCAUACCCCAUGUUCCCGGUGCAUGAGGAGAGAAUCAAAUGGGACGAGUAUGGAGAAAUCAUCAGGAUUGAAGACUUUUUGGUUCCUGAACUGCAAGCCACAGAAGAGGAGAAGAACAAACUGGAAUCUGGGCUGACAAAUGGCGACGAACCCAUGGACCAGGAUUUGUCUGUCGUUCCUACAAAAUGUGUCUCAAGUGUUGAGAAUUUUGAAAUAAGAGCGAGGGUGACGUACAUAGACUACGAAGGUCGCUCCGAUGGCGACUCCAUAAAGAAGAUCAUAAAUCAGAUGAAGCCCAGACAGCUUGUGAUUGUUCACGGGCCACCAGAAGCAAGUCUGGACCUGGCCGAGUCCUGCAAGGCUUUCAGCAAAGACAUCAAAGUUUACACACCCAAACUGCAGGAGACUGUGGACGCCACCAGCGAGACGCACAUCUACCAGGUGCGGCUGAAAGACUCCCUGGUGAGCUCUCUGCAGUUCUGCAAGGCCAAAGACACGGAGCUGGCCUGGAUCGACGGCGUGCUGGACAUGCGCGUGGCCAAGGUGGACACCGGCGUGAUGCUGGAGGAGGGCGUGAAAGAGGAGGCGGAGGACGGCGAGGUUCCCAUGGACACCGCCCCCGAGCUUGGCAUCGACCAUAACGCCACGGCCGUGGCGGCGCAGCGCGCCAUGAAGAACCUGUUUGGAGAGGACGAGAAGGAGAUGUCGGAGGAGAGCGACGUCAUUCCCACUCUAGAGCCGCUGCCUCCCACUGAGAUUUCAGGCCAUCAGUCUGUGUUCAUCAACGAGCCUCGGCUGUCUGACUUCAAGCAGGUCUUGCUGAGAGAGGGCAUCCAGGCUGAAUUUGUGGGUGGAGUUCUGGUGUGCAACAACGUGGUGGCCGUCCGCAGGACGGAGCCUGGACGCAUCGGCCUAGAAGGCUGCCUGUGUGACGACUACUAUAAGAUCCGGGAGCUGCUUUAUCAGCAGUACGCUGUUGUGUAGCAGCAGCAGCAGAAGAAGAAGAAGAAGAAGAAGACCCCCAUAGAUGCAGAAAACGGCAUGUUUGUACACAGACUUUAGAAGGACUUUAAUACAGUCUAUGCCCUGCGGAUUGUUCCAUCCUCACUGCAGAACCUCUUGUAUAUUUCCCCUUUUAUACAUUAGUUCCAGACGUUUUUUUUAUUGUUUACAUUUAUAAAGUGAAAGGCAGAUUGUGUACCUUUGUGGACUUCUUCAUAUGAACACCUGUGAAAUUGUCACAUUUCUAUGAAUCCACCCCCUGGGAAGCUAUUUUCCACUUACUGUCAGUAAAUUGUUUGUCCUGCAAACGGA